AAGCUUUCCUUCAUCCCAUUCAGAUUGCAAAGAAAUAAGAAAAAACACAACACAUUAUUGAAAAUACUUGGCAAAAUCCUCGAACUUCAAUGCGCAAACACUCAUUGGGCGGAUAUAAAUUUAACAUACAUUAAAUUAAAUGCAAUAAACCGAAAGAAAAAGAAGCAAAAUGUUAAAACUUUUCCUUUUUUUAAUAAUAUGUUCGUUUUCGCACGAACAGACUACGCGUUUGGAAAUCAACGAAAUUACAGAUACGGUAACGAAUUGGGUGGAGAAUUUCGGAAAUGAGCUGCAAGUGCUCAUGCAGUUGACGAGAAAAAAUCAAGUGAAAAAUAGUUUUUCUCACGUGGAUGUUGUCGAGGAAAACUGGGAUUUGAUUAUCGAGAAUGUCUCGCAGAAUUUACGAGACAUGAUGAAUGAAAAAGUGGAAGCGGUCAAAGCCAUAAAACAUCAUGCGGAACUGUUGGCCUUCCACAGGAAACCUGAUGUCAACAUGUAUUCUCUAUACGAUUUUUACGAUGCCAACGACGUCGACGUCGAAAAUCCCGUUGAAGAUCGCAGCUCGGAUAUCCAUGAGAGCGAAAAGAUGUGGGAGUGCGGAAUUCCUCCUAACCCGAGCGGACUCUGCUUUAGCAAAGAUUUCCACGCCGAUGAAGAAUUCCAAGCAGAUGUAAAUGGCUAUGAGAGCUUCAACUACAAACCGAAAAUGGAGAAGCAGGUGUACGAGAGCACAAAUCGCGAGAGGUGCUCCAACAUCAUGUUCCUUCAUCGACCGAAAAAAUAUUACAGUAGAAUGAACGUCGCCUACAAUCCGCAAUUCGAUACCAAAGUCAACUUGAACUACAGCAUUGUUCGCGUCUCACCUGGAGUCUACUCAAGAGAGAGGAAAGUUCUCAACGGAAUCCGUUGGUCAGAGGGUUUAGAUUUGACUUUCAAAUGCAAUUAUAAUAGGGAUCCGACGUUGACUUGGCAGUUCUUCGGAAGUCCGGAUGGGUUCAUGCGCUUCUAUCCAGCAAUGAAAUGGUCUGAAGAGGAAUACGAUCAAACGUACGAUUUCCGAAUUAGGUCCUGGUACAUCGAGGGAAUCUCUUCAGCUAAAGACAUAAUCAUUCUGCUGGACAGAUCCGGCUCCAUGAAAGGCAAUAAACGAGUAAUUUCCACGCAAAUCGUCAACGCCAUCCUCGAUACACUCACGGAUAAUGAUUACGUAAACAUCUACACGUUUACGAACAGAACAGAAUCGCUUGUAGAUUGCUUCAACGAUACUUUGGUUCAGGCCAACGAGGAGAACUUGCGUUUGCUUCGCGAACAACUCCUGGUCAUCAAAGAUGAAUUCUACGGGGACAUAACGCACGGUUUGGAGAAAGCGUUUCCUAUUCUUUGGAAAUACAGGGAAGCUCGACGAGGAGCUAUAGUUUGCAAUCAGGCGAUAAUGCUGAUCACCGAGGGUCUGGAUUACGAGUACAAAGACGUCCUCUUCAACAUCUACAAUCACAUUCCGUCAGAUGAAAAGUAUAGACCCAUCAGGUUCUUCACCUAUCUUUUGGGAACCGAUGAGAACGACGCGCAACGGAUGAAGUGGAUCGCCUGCGAAAAUAUGGGCUAUUACGUGAAUAUUACUGUGAUCGAGGAGGUUCGCGAGAGAGUUCUAAAAUACUUAGAGGUAAUGUCGAGGCCGAUUAAUAUGAACGCGGACGAAGAGAUGGAGCCCGCUUGGAGCGCUCUGUACGUCCAUCUCGUCGAUAGGAGACUCUCGAAUUGGCUGUGGAAGAGAAACGAAGGUAAUAGACAAAGAGACAUUUUCAUCAAGUACGAAAAGCAGCAAAUUAAGGAGAAGAGAAAAAUAUUCGAACCGACACAAAGACACUUUACAUUGGAAAUAGAACAUCCCUAUGAGAAGUACCGCAAAGUGCGCGAAUACAAGUACCUAACUUCGGUAUCCCUACCUGUUUACGAUAAAAGAGCAAAUAAAACUACAUUGCUUGGUGUUGCUGGAGUAGAUGUACCUCUGGAUUACAUUAAGCAGCUCACCGAACCGCACAGAAUCGGCGUUAAUGGUUACGCGUUCAUCAUCACGAAUAACGGUUACGUCCUUCAUCAUCCGGACCACAGACGAGAGUUUAAAGAUCGAAUCUUGAAACCCACAUUCAACCGUGUCGACUUCACAGAAGUAGAAAUUUCCGACGCCACAGUCAAACCGCGCAUUUUCGACGACGCCAUCAUCGAGCUAAGAGAGAACGUGGUGCUGCAAAAGAAAGGACGUCGAGAAUUGAGGGUCCGCACUCCCGUCGACGACAUGAAACGAGUUAUAUUAAGCAGCCGACAUUAUUUCUACACGAAAAUCGGUCCAUUCAGUUUGGUCAUCGCCUUGCCAGAUCGUUAUGGUUUUUUGGUCAUCAGACAUCCCAAAUCUGAUCCAUCGGUGAAGAUGAUUUUAAAGAUGCUGUCAUCCAACAAGAACUGGAGGGUCCAUCCCAAAUGGCUAUACACAUGCAAAACUCACAGGGCUCACAAAAAUCCUGAACAGGAACUGCUGUAUUUCCUCGAGCGUAAAAAGAUACCUAAAAAUUGCGAUACGAGUUUAAUAGAAGCACUCCUCAAGGACGUCAACGUGACGGAAUGGUUCAACGAGGAAGACAUUUCAGUUAAACGAAGAUCUAAAUUUCAUAGUGGAGUGGUCCUAACAUUCAUGGCAACGCACGCUGGGUUGACCAGAUGGAAAAAUUUGAUGAAUAUCGAAGAAGAUGAGACUCAUUUUGCGAAUACUAACAAUAAAGCACCAGAUGAGGUUUAUUAUAGAAGAGCUGCGGAAUUGAACUACGAUCGUCCAGAUAUGUUUCUAUUCUCGGUUCCUCUCGAUCCAGAUAACUUCGAUGAAAAUUCAACUUUAAUCACCGUGAGCAACGUUGUGUACCAAGAGAAGCACAACAAGAAGGCUCCGGUCGCUGCAGUUGGUUUGCAGAUACUUCACAAAACCUUAAACAAUCUCAUGAAUAGUUUACAAUGCAAUAGUAAAUUCUGCAAGAUGCGCUGCGGCGAUGACAAUUGGAGGUGUUACGUCCUGGAUAACGACGGUUACGUAGUCUUGGAUAACGACACCAACAAUGUAGGAAAGUUAAUUGCAGACGUAGACUCAAUCCUCACAGAUUAUCUUGUGAGGGAUGGCGUUUACAAGGACGUAACAGUCUUCGACUACCAAGGCACUUGUUAUCCAAACUAUUACUCAAUCGAAGAAUUCUACGGGCCCACAGCUGAGGAUAUUCGCAAAGACAUCAAAUGUCGUACACCCAUAAAGUGCAAGACCAUCGAGUAUUUGCGUCGACAGCUGCAGAAAACCAUACCGACGCCAUGCGAUAUCGAAUUAAAGUUAUAUAAUUCACUGUGGAAGGAUCAUUCCAGGCUAACACCAACCAAGAGCAGACUUGAAUGCAGCUGCGCUUACAUCGCUCAACACAUUAGAGGCACGAAUCUAAUGAUGGUCGUCGUGAAUGGUACUUGCUGUCCGUACGAAAGCCACUUCAAAAACGUGAACGAAUUCCCCAGAGAGAUUCAGUACAACCUAACACUACCCUGCUACAUAGCCACUAUGAACAACUUCACAAAACGCCAUUACACAAAAUGCAUCAUCAAGAAUAAACAUGAAUACACUUUGAAUCAAAGGAACCAUUCGAACUGUGGCUACGAGGGCAUCGUACCUCGAGAAUAAAUAAUAACGUCUUCA